GUUUACGAUGACCAUGUAAACACUGAUAUGACUUACGCACGGUUUAAAGACCUGUGUUCGGCAUGCUGGAACGGUGAUAAGUAUGGGUUUCUCGUGAUCGACAAGGACAGCGACCUCGACGGAGGUAGAUACAGAAAAGGAUUCGAUUGCUUCGUGAGCAUAAAUGAGUGAUCAUUGAAAAAAGUGAAUGCAGUAACGUUUUGGAUUCGGCAGCGAAAACAUGCAACGCGGAAAACUUCGGGAGCAAAAAGACGUUUUACGCCAAAUCGCUAAAGCCAGCGAUGCGAUUCGCAAAAAGCAUAGAAUGCUAAAAUUGGGUAGAGAGAACGUCGAACAGACGAUGAGUGAGGUUUUGAAACCGGUAGUCACUCCACUGCAGAAACCAGUGACUGCAUCUCGGCCUGACCGUAAUCUUAUCAAGGACGAGAUUAAGGAUGAAGUAAAGCAAGACGUAGAAGCGGAUGAUACGUUUAGAUCGGCAGAUGAAUCCUUCAAGUCGCUAAAGAAUGAUUCUUUCGAAGAAGAAGAGGAAGAAAAGGAAGAAGGUAAACAUGAUGACGAAGAUGAAGGAGAUAACGAUGACGCAGACGUACCCGUUGAUCAUAACGAUCCUAUGCAACGGUAUCUCGAUAUGCUGCUAUCGAGUGAGAAUAAACAAUUGGAUACCGCCUAUGGUGUGCGUAAACUCGCCAAGAACAAAUUGAUGAUAGGCGAUUCGCCCAUCAGCUUUGAGGGUGAUCGAAUCCAUGUAGGUGAUACGACUUACUUGAAAACUGCGGGUUUGAUCGAACUGUUAUUCAGGAAGGUACCUGACGAGAUUAGUAUAACCCAGGAUAACAUGGACAAUUACAAAAACAUUAUUUUAAUGACAAAUUCACAUAGAAAGUACUAUAAACCUGAUGGUGAAAUUCGUAAGAGCAAGAGUUUCAAAUUUAAUAACGUUAUUGCAAAACUGAUCGAACAGCCCUCUGUAACGGGCAAAGGUAUAGUACCGCGGUACAUGACCGCUGCCAAGGACGAACGAACGGAUUACGUGUACUGGGACGAUCCCAACGAAUUGGUAGACCGGCUUCGUCUGCUCCUUAAGUCUCGGGAAGCUGGUAACCCCAGUCACUCCAACGAAAUU